ACAGUGAGGGGUAGAGCCACUAACACUACUGCCCUCAUCUGUACGACGUCUGCAUCUCAUCUCAAGUCAGAUAUGAGUACAACUGCAGCUUCUCAAGGACCACAGUCUAUCCCUGGCUGGGUGAAGUUCAUAAGUGAUGAAGACGUAACAAGAGUGUUGACCUGGGACCAGCUGCUGCCCGCUGUGCGUUGUUCACUGGUGGCCUUCACUCAGGGCUCUGGGCAUCCACAGGGAGCUGUUCAGCCUCUCCGUACCUGGGUCAAAAUUCCCGAGCAUCAGGGAGACAUGAUAGUAAUGCCAGGACUAAUAAAGGAAGAAUCCCUCGUGGUCAAGAUCCUCACAUUCUUCCGCAACAAAGCAGUUCCUGGUCAGCACCACUUCAAUGCCAUUAUUAUGCUCAUGCAGAGUGACACUGGCAUCCCUCUCGCGGUUCUUCAGGGCAGAGUCAUCACAGAGAUGAGGACAGCGGCCGCUUCAGCAGUUGCAACCAUUGAGCUACUUCAGGGGAGGAAAGAUGUGAAAGAUGGAAGCAUGAUAGUUGCAGUGUUAGGCGCUGGGGAACAAGGUCGCUCACAUGCUCGUGUUAUGGCACACAUCCUUAAGCCUGAGAAGAUCAUGGUGUGGUCAAGAAGGUUGGAAUCAGCCAAGGAGUUGUGUGCUGUCCUGUGUGGUGAAGGAAUACCAGCAGCAGCAGUAGCCACGGUGCAGGAGGCAGUCAAGGAGGCUGAUGUGAUCAACUCCUGCACUGCAACAUCUACCCCCAUCUUGAAGGCUGAAUGGGUUAAACCAGGAGCACAUAUAAACAGUGUUGGAGCCACUUCAUCUGACAAGCAGGAGAUGGAAGGAGACUUGGUACGCUCUGCAACUAUCUAUACAGACAGUUAUGAAUCAGCACGGGAGGAGUCAGGGGAUGUCAUCAAAUAUGGGGCUGAAGUGUUUGGUGAGAUCGGUGAAGUAAUACUUGGGAGAAAACCAGUCCAGCGUGGGACCAUUACAAUCUUCAAGUCUCUUGGACUGGCUGUUGAAGAUGCAGCAUCGGCCAAACUUGUCUAUGAUCUUAUCAAAGCUGAGGAAAACCACUAAAUCACAAGCAACAAUAUGAACAUAAACUCUGCUGUUUAUAUUGUGCAUAAAACAAAAUCAAAAUUGUGUCUCAUUAAAUAAAUCUACAGAUACAAA